CUCAGGGCCCACAUCACUUCCUCCAGCAGCGGGGGAGAGGCCCCGCUGCCCUCCCGUCCCCCCCCUCCGUGCGCCCUCCGCCUGCUGCGCGCGCCGCCGGGGCCCUCGCAUUCCUCAGCUAUUUUUAGGGUGGCCCUAUCAGCCCAGCUGUCCCCGCGCCGCCGCCAGCCUCACCCACCGCCUCGCGCCGCGCUCACCCCCUGUACCCCCUGCCAGGGCCGCGGCUCCAUGAGACAUCGCCAUGGCCUUCUCGUCCCGCUUUGCGUUCUGGGAGCAGAAGGUUAAGGACGAGGACAAAGCCUUAGCUGUGAAAAGACCCGGGAAGGAGGACGGGGCUCCAGAGAGCCCAAGCCCAAACGCCGUGAAGGAUGCGGCGCCCGCACCCCCAAAGCCCGACCCCCCGAAGAGCCCUGACCCACCCACAGGGAGCGCAAAGAGCCCGGAGCCGGUGCUGAACGGGGCCACCAAUGGGCCCGAGGGUCCCGGGGCGGGCGGCGAGGUGCAGGGAGACGACGGGCAGGGGCUGUCGCGCCGCAGAGUGGUGCGGGUGGUGCGGAAGGUGGUGCGCAAAGUCCUGCCGGGUGACGACGCUGGUGAAGUGAAGCCCCCCGAGCCCGUGCCGCCCCCUAGAAAGGAGGAGACGGUCCCCCCCGCGCCGCCCCCUCCACCACCCCCGGCCAAACCGUCCGCCCCCACCAAGCCGGAGCCCAGAGAUGAGAUCUCGGCGGGGCUCACAACCCUCAUGGCCAAGGGGAAAACCAAAGAGCACCGGGCGCGGGUCCGGCCGGGGGACAGGAGGGAGGAGAAGUCCUCUGAGCCGGCUGCAGGCGAUGCAAAGCCGGCUGCGUCCCCGGGUGCCAAAGCCACACCGGAGCCUCCGGCACGGCCUUCGGGAGGGAAAGCGGAGCCGGCUAAGGCGUCCGCCCCGAAACCCACCGCCCUGGAGAGGCACAAGGUAGCGCGCGUGCAUACGGCAUGGGUGCCCUAACCUGUGUGGCAGAGCAUGGUGUGAGCUCACCUGCAU